CCCCCCCCCCCCCCCCACCCGCCGGCAUGGCCCCGACGGCGAGGAGCUCGGCCGCCGCCGCCGCCGCCGGGACGGGGUCAGGCUCCGACGCCUCCGACGGCGAGGCGGACGCCACCCGCUUUUACAGCCGCCGGCGCAGCAGCUCCCCGUCCCCGAUCCCCUCCCGCUCCCGAUCCCGCUCCAAGACCCCUCCCCCCAACCUCCGCCCUAGCGCCGCCGCCCUCUCCUCCACCCCCACCUCCGCGGGGGCCGACGUCGCGGCCGCAUCCGACGCCGCCGCGGCCUCCGGUGGCCGCGCCCCGUCGCCAAGGCGCGGGGACGGCAAGGGACCCCCCGGCGACCACCUCUACUCCGAUGCGGACGCUGACGCCGGCAACGGCACCAGCCGCCGCGUCCCUUCCCCGACGCGCCGCGGCGACCGCUCCCCAAGCUUCCAUUCCGACUCGGACGCCGACGCCGCCGCCGGCGGCGGCCGCGUGCCCUCCCCGAGGCGCAACCGCGAGCGCACCCCGCGCCUCCACUCCGACUCCGACAACUCCGUCGCCACCGCCAAUUUCACCGCCACCACCUCAGAAGACGACGGCGGAGGUGCCGGCGACGCGUCGCCAUCGCGUCGCCCCCGUCUAUCCACCCCCAUCAAGGCCUCCAACAUCAAGCCCAUCCGCACGCGCCCGAUGGACGUGACCGGCCACGAUGCCGCGCCGUCCUCCGAGCUCCGCAGUAAGCGCCGCCACAGCCCCAGCGAGCGUCGCACCCCGGAGUACCAGAAGCGGCCGUCCCGGGUUUGGAGCCCUGAAGACGAGCUCACCAUACUGAAUGCCCUCAUUGAGUACCGUGCCAAGAAAGGCCGGCUCCCUGGGUCGAGUCAGGACACAAGCAAGCUACACUUGCAGAUUUAUGGCCGGCUCACUGCUAAUGCGUCCACUACCCAGCUUAGUGACAAGGUCAGGCGCCUCAAGCAUAAGUACAAGCUGCAGGUCAAACGUGCAAAGAAUAGAGGGGUUCCUGACUUGCCAACAGAGCAUGACCGUAGUGUCUAUGAACUUAGCAAGAAAGUUUGGAGAUUGAAGAGUCUAGAAGGGAGAUCUCUUGCACACGAGGAUACUGGGGAUGCAGAGAGCAAUGAAGAGCAGGGGAUCAAGGAGAGUGAUGAUGAUAUGGAUAAUGGGGGCGAACACCGUGAGCGCACGAGCAAGAAGCCAAAGAUAUCUAGAUUUGAAAAUGGCAAUGGUGAUGCCACUCUCACUAUGGGUAGGGCUAGCCAUGGUGAUGGCAGUGGGAGAGAUAGUGCUGAGAAGGGAAAGCAAAUGUACCCAUACCUGUGGGCGGCUGUCGAGGAGCUGUCUAAGGAGCAUCCGAGUGGACCAAUAUUCAGGAAGGCGUUUGGUUUACUUGAAAAGUCAAAGGCAAGAGCGAUAGAGGAGAAGCUGCGGAAGUUCAGAAUGUCAGUGAUCAGGCUGCAGCUGAAUCGGAUGGACUUGACAAAGUUAUCAGUGGGGAUGGUGCUUGAUGCUCUGGAGGGGGCAUACUGAAGGGAACUAUAUGAAUACAAGCUUGGUGCUUGCUAGGUUCUUCCAGCCGAAGGAACUAAAAUUAGUGCUCGCUGAAAUGAUAUAUGUUGGAUGGGUCAAUAGUCAAUACUCAGGACUAAGGAUUGUGGAAUGCAAUCUGAUGUGUUGCUCGUAGUUAAUUGCCCUUGAUGAUUCUCAUGUCACUCCCCUGCAUUAUGGCUUGCUAAAUUUCACUUCUAUUUGAGAAUAAUGUGUCUUCAGGUUAUAUUUUUUAUAUAAGCCCUGUUUGGCAGUAUUUGCAA